AAAUACUACCUUUGUGGCUUUUGCCCAGCCGAAUUAUUUACAAAUACCCGUUCUGAUUUAGGUCCUUGUGAAAAGAUUCAUGAUGAAAAUCUACGUAAACAAUACGAGAAGAGCUCUCGUUUUAUGAAAGUGGGCUAUGAAAGAGACUUCUUACGCUAUUUACAAAGCUUACUGGCAGAGGUAGAACGCAGGAUUCGAAGAGGCCAUGCUCGUUUGGCACUGUCACAGAAUCAACAGUCUUCUGGGGGAGCGGGACCUACUGGUAAAAAUGAAGAGAAGAUUCAGGUGUUAACUGACAAAAUUGAUGUACUUCUACAACAGAUUGAAGAACUAGGUUCAGAAGGGAAAGUGGAAGAGGCACAAGGAAUGAUGAAACUUGUUGAACAGCUGAAGGAAGAGAGAGAAUUGCUGAGGUCUACAACUUCAACAAUUGAGAGCUUUGCAGCCCAAGAAAAGCAAAUGGAAGUUUGUGAAGUUUGUGGAGCCUUUUUAAUUGUAGGAGAUGCACAGUCCAGGGUAGAUGACCACUUGAUGGGAAAGCAGCACAUGGGUUAUGCCAAAAUAAAAGCUACUGUAGAAGAUUUAAAAGAAAAGUUACGAAAAAGAACAGAAGAACCUGACCGUGAUGACAGGUUAAAAAAAGAGAAACAAGAACGAGAGGAGAGAGAGAAAGAGAGGGAACGGGAAAGAGAAGAGCGGGAAAGGAAGAGACGACGUGAAGAAGAAGAAAAGGAAAAAGAGAGGGCUCGUGAUAGAGAGAGACGUAAAAGGAGUCGUUCACGGAGUAGACAUUCAAGCAGAACAUCUGACAGAAGAUGCAGCCGUUCACGAGACCACAAAAGAUCAAGAAGCAGAGAAAGAAGGCGAAGCAGGAGUCGUGACCGAAGAAGAAGCAGAAGUCAUGAUAGAUCAGAAAGAAAACAUAGGUCUCGCAGUAGGGACAGGAGACGAUCAAAAAGCCGGGAUCGGAAAUCCUACAAGCACAGAAGCAAAAGCAGAGAGAGAGAACAAGACAGGAAGUCAAAAGAAAAAGAAAAGAGGGGAUCUGAUGAUAAAAAAAGUAGUAUGAAGUCCAGUAGUCGAGAAAAACAGAGUGAAGACACAAAUACAGACUCGAAGGAGAGUGAUACUAAGAAUGAGGUCAAUGGGACCAGUGAAGACAUUAAAUCUGAAGUGCAGCGUAAGUAUGCACAGAUGAAGAUGGAACUAAGCCAAGUAAGAAGACAUACUAAAGCACCUUCUGAAGGAAAAGACAGUGUAGUCCUGCAAAACAUUUUGAGGACUACUACAUGAAGAGUCUGCGAAGACAGCGGAAGACAGCUUAAACUGAAGAUCUGCUUUAAAAUGAGGUGAAAGAAAGCUGUAGUGGCGUAGAAAAAUAUAAAGUUGAGUUAGAAAUUUUUUUUUUAUAAAAUUUAAUUCAGGACUGGUGUUUCCUCCCAGAGUUCAGAAAGAUGUGUUGAUAAUAGCACAUAUGCUACUGAGAAUAUAAGUCCUGUAUCCUUUUUUUCUUUAAGACUUUUUAAGAUAAGAAACCAACAUAACCUGAACACAUGGCUUGCUCAGUGUUUAAUUGCAAGUUUUCAUUCUUGGACUUUAAGAACACAAAAAUAAAUGUUUAGUAUUUGUGUGAAUCGAACUAAAAUGAAUCCCAUUUUUACAACUAAGCUAUUCCUAGCUUCUUGAUAUACGAGAAAUGGAAAUAAAGUAUCUUUGAAUUUCUGUUACAAAUUUGAUUGUCUCUGUCAUUGAACGUUUAAUAUUAAAUAAGUUUCUUUCCUAAUAAAUCUACUCAUGUCUUCAA